AUGAGAGUCAUUAGAAAAGGGACGACAUGGUUUGACAUCCGAGAACACGUGCGGGAACAUACAAGACUUAUGGUGUUUCAAGUGUCGUGGACUAUCAUUAUGGAGCGAAAUAAGCGAGAUGUGCGAGGGAAUAUUGGAACUGCACUUGCGCCUUUUCCCUUUAUGCAUGAUAGACCUUUCAGAGAAGAUACACUGUGCAAUCGGCGCCUUUCUCUAGUGGUUCAGGCGCUGAAAUUGAAAGCAACCCAUCUAUGGACUCCUUCAGUCGGAAUGCAAUGCCUUUCCACAACUGGCUACUAUUACAGCAUUACUUACCGCAAAUAUGGCCUUGAAAAUACAUCUGAUCAUGUCAAAUGUAGUGUGCUUCCCUCGUUAGUGCUGCGUCCUACCCAACUUGAGUCCAAGGGUCGACAGCAAGAAGUUAAUAAAGGCGGAACUUACACAAACCCGUUCAUUCCUACACAGGCUCUUCCACACAAUCCGCUCAACAUGGGUACCAUCUCCGCCAUCCUUCAACCCCUCACCAUACUAGAAAAUAAAUCAUCCAACUUACAGGCUCACCUUCAGCCUCACCGGACUUCCCUGAAACCGGGGACGUCAGCACUCGCACAUCUCGAUAACCACAACCCACUUUUCGAAUUCCGAAGGAUGCAACACCCUGCUCCGCAGAGUCCCAAUCUUCGAAACGAACGAGUAGCUUUCCUUUCACUCUAUUUAGCCCUACCUUUCUGCACGGAUGCAAGUGAACUGAAAGUGGAAAACAUGCGAGAAACCGGACUUGAAGAAAGGUUGCAUCAUAGACGAGGCAAGAUAGGAUUUGGAAUUGAGAAGAUAUGUGAGAAACAUGCGCUUCGCUUGACUUGCACAGUUUGGAAUCGCGCAUAA